AUGGCAGAGCAGCACCGCUCCGAUCGCGUCGUUACCUGGAUCACUGGCAAGAGGGUGCAGGUCUACCUCACCGGGGUGAAGAGUGAGGCCUUCUUGGACUACGUGGCAAGCCACCAGCACCGGGAGGUCUUGGAGCGCUUCCUCUCGCAGCUGCGAGGCGCCUUGGAGCAGGUGGCGACCGCCAAUGGUGGGGAGGCUUCUGAGGACAUGUGCGCCCUCGUGGGAGCGGAGGAGAUGCAGGUGCCCCACACAGACUUGCUCCCCGGGCAGGUGCAGGUGAUCCUGGCGUUGAUGCCCACGCGGCCGACACUGGUCUAUGACCCUCAGCUUCCGAGGCCGAGUCGCGAGGAGAUCGCCAAAAUGAUGGGAGUUAAUGCGAGGGAGUUGCUGGAGGAGGGUACCUUUGGCUUGGUCUACAACAGCUUUCCGCUUGUUCUUCCAGUGGAUCAUGUCUACCAGCGCAUGGUCCCCGCCUACACGAGCAACUUUGCGGCUGGAGACGCAGUGCAAAUCAAGGAUGGCAUUGUCCAUGCCGGUCCUGGCCCGGAUGAGCCUGAGGGUGACCCGCGGGUGGUGAUAUUCAUGACCUACAGGACCACUCGCCCAGAGCACUACGAGCUGACUUUUCAGGCCAAGCUGUGGGACUGGGCCUCGCACCCGGCGAUCGAUCCGCAGAUCGCCUACCAGCGCCUGCAGGAAGUCUACAAUUUCGGCAAGGAGAACAACAUGGACAUCCAGCCAUGGACGUAUUAUCCUCCUGAGAGCCUCGAAGCCUGCAAGAUGCUUUGCACCAUGCCGGGGCUGGACGAAACAACUGUGGAGCUGCUGGUGGAAGAGUGGCGGGAGAUGCUGUAUGACGACAACCUGCAGAUUGUCGACCAAGAUCAAGACAAGGGUGAGCUGCAGAAUGCCUGA